CACGCGGACGGGCGUGAGAAUAAAGAAAUCCCCCUCUCGCCCGUAAAAAUCAACCCCCGUUGUCGUUUUUCGUGUUAAAAUAGCCGAAAUUCAUAUAGUCCGCGGAACAGAAUAGAGGAAGGCGUUUUUCGAAGUAAACAGUUUGUUUUGUCAACAAAUAUCCCUUGUAUUCCGAGUUGUUUAUCCGUGUAGUGAGUCUCGAGCCGGAAGUUGAAGUAAUUUUCCUCGAGUCAAAGCAAGCGCUGUGGUGUCUUCGGUUUCGCACAAAUUCUCGUUACACACGAGUGUCGACUUCCUUUGACGUUUAUUCUUUGUUUUUUUUUGGAUAACACGGCGGUACAGUUUCAAUGUAUUAUUUACCCUUGAACAUCAACUCUUCAGAGCAGGCUAACCGUUGAACGAAGAAAGUUAUCGCGGCUCAGUCUCUCGUAAACAUAUCAGUCUUGUUUAUAAACGCUCCUCAAAAAUAAUUCUUUUUUAUCGAAAAUAAUAACAAAGAAAACAACACACUAUUUGACCGUGAGAAGCAUAUACAUUUCCACGUAUCGGAAUAACUCAAUUCUCAGGCAUGUACGAUGAUGGACGUGGAGGAAACGAAUACGGCCUCCACUGCGAGCUCCUCAUCCAGACCGUCCAGUCCCGCUGCGGACUCGACUUUUAUCAGUGUGAAGCAAGAGCCGAACACGGAGGAGCCAAACAGCCCUCUGGAGGCCAACAGUCCUGGCUCGAUCCUCCGCAACAACGAGCAACAUUACGCCGCCGCAGACUCGAACAGCUCAACGCCCGCUAAGAGCUUCGUCCCUUGUAAAGUUUGCGGGGACAAGGCCAGCGGGUAUCACUACGGAGUCACCAGUUGCGAGGGCUGCAAGGGUUUCUUCCGGAGAAGCAUACAGAAACAAAUCGAGUACAGGUGCUUGAGAGACGGCAAGUGUCUCGUUAUAAGAUUGAACAGAAAUCGUUGUCAGUACUGCAGAUUUAAGAAGUGUCUGGCCGUGGGAAUGUCCAGGGAUUCGGUACGAUACGGGCGCGUGCCCAAACGUUCGAGGGAACGAGGCCCCGAGGACACCGUGGCCUCGACGACGACGAGCGUAACCGGAGGAGUGCAGCAGCUGGCUUCCCCCACAAACAACAAUAACAACAACAACAACAACAGCACAAAUAACAACAACAAUAACGUUAACAACAACAACAACAACAACAACAAUAACAACAACAACAAUAACAGCAACGCAAACAACAACAAUAGUCAAGGGCAAAACAUGGUCCCGCGAGUCCCACCAGCAGCCGUCGUCGAGGCCGAUCAGUCCGAUGCCGACGGCAAACAGCUCGCCGUCUACGACGUCAUACUCCAGGUCUCACAAGCGCAUCACGCACACUGCGGAUUCACGGAAGAAUCGACGAGGGGAAUCGUCCGGAAACCCAUGAUCAUACCCCCGGCGAGUCCUGAAGACCCGGAAGCAGCUUCCUCGACCGCCGAGACUGUUGAGUCUCAGAGAAUUUGGCUCUGGCAACAAUUCGCAACAAGAGUUACCCCGUCGGUCCAGAGGGUCGUCGAGUUCGCGAAAAGAGUGCCAGGCUUCUGCGACCUCACUCAGGACGACCAGCUCAUACUCAUAAAAGUCGGCUUCUUCGAGGUUUGGCUCACUCACAUCGCCAAAAUGACCACCGACAGCUCCAUGACCUUCGAAGAUGGCACUUACAUCACGAGGCAACAAAUUGAACUCAUGUAUGAGCCGGAUUUCGUGACUGGACUGAUGCAAUUCACGGGGGCUCUAAAUGCUCAUCAGCUCUCGGAUGCCGAGCUCGGAUUGUUUUCCGGUGCAGUUCUGCUGAGCGAGAGGCCCGGUUUGAACGACGUCAAGGCCGUCCAGAGACUUCAGGAUCGUUUACUCGAAGCUCUCCGUAUUCAAGCUGGAAGAAGUCUGAGCACCGUCGGCGAUCCUAAUUCGCCGGGAAUUACACCCGGUGUCGUUGGCGUCGCUCAGAGGAUACCCGAGUUACGAGCUCUCGGCACGAGACACGCCAAUCUUCUCGAAUGGUUCCGCAGGAAUUGGACGAAAUUGAAACUACCGCCUCUCUUUGCCGAAAUAUUUGACAUUCCCAAGUGCGAGGAGGAUCUUCAGUGAGCGGAAAUCGUCGAAACUACGCGGAACAGAGAAACAAAAUUGAACGAGUGAGGAAAAAAGAGAGAAUAAAAAAAACGUUUGGAACGCUCAAAGCGACGCGGCAUUGUCGGCGGCUUUGCUCGGAGGGUAACCCGCAGUGGUUAUUGGAACGUAUGUGCUUUUUCGUCCGGAAACAAUUCCUCUUCGUCCCCCCGAGAGCACUCGAAGGUGCGAAAACGUAACUCGGAAUCGAUAUCGUCGACAAUCGAGACGUGGCCUCGUGUCGAAAGUAACGAGAAAACGCAUUACCAGAGAUUCGGUGAUUUUUCUUACUUUUUUUACACUCACACUAAUUUACAUUGAGGGGCGGGAGGAGGUUGAUCCUCAAAAUCGAUCUUCGAGAGUGCUCGCAGUCCUCGGACCUGAGAAAUUACAUUUAUGGGAGAGAGAGAGAGAGAGAGAGAAAGGUGUAAGUUUGAAAAUCGACAAUCACGAGUGAUCAUUAAAUUUCGCUUUAAAAUUUUAUAUUUAUUUAUUUAUUAUUAAAAACAUAACUGUUUGUUGGUUUUUCUAUUCUACAUUAUUGUUUGCCUCCGAGUGACUCGUCGACAAAAUAUUAUCGAACCGUCUCAGUCUCGUCCUGAAAGUGGGAGCGGAGCUCAGCAAUAUAUUAACACUCUCCAUUGCUCGAUUAUUCAUAUUAUAAAUAAGCGAACAAACAAAAAAUUCAAAUAUUCGAUAAGCUCUGUGAAAACAAAUAUUUAGAGAUUUCAAAUGAAGAAAGAAAAAAAAAACAAAAUAAGAAACGAAAAAAUUGCUCGCUCUGCGAUCGAUCUUCAAAUCGCAUAUCACACGAAGCACAAUUGCGUCUUGGGAACUCAAAUUGAGCUCUCGCCUACGUAUUACGAAAGCUCGACACACUCGAAACUGUUCUACUUCAAGUUCUAAAAUAAACGUAGGGCUUAGGUGAAUCGAGGAGGAAAUGAAAAAAAAAAGAUAAAAAAAAAUGGAAAGAAAGACAGAAGAGCAACGCAAACUCGAUAAAAGGUCGAUGGAUAAACGUCAUUUAUCAGGGUUUUAAAAUGAGUUCGGUACCUAUCGAUAAUCCUAUUAUUAAGGAAAAGAAAAAUAAAAUAAAAAAUCUAUUGAACCUCCAUUACGUUAAGAAUUGGAGGCUGAGGAUAUUGCCGAGACGAUCGAACGAAAAUAAGUAAAAAAAAUGAAAAAAAUACGUGAGACAAUUUACAAGGCGUGUAGUUCAGACUAAAAUUAAGCAAAAUAAAAAGAGCAAGAGGAUAAAUAAACACUACGAUUAAAAAAAAAAAAAAAUCUUCUUAUAUAGCGUAUCUCCUUAGGUGCAUGCGCUGCGAAUUUCAAUCUAUGCAAUCUAUUUUUAUUACUCGACGUAGAAUAGUUGAAUUAUCCUAGAAACUGCCGAUGUGUGUAUAGGAUUUUUCGUGGAAUCUAUCAUGAAAAAAAAAGAAGAAAAAAGCAAAACAAGAAUAUACGAACAAGAGAUAACGAAAAAAAAGGAAUUUGAUAAUCGAGCGAUCUCGAAGGGAGGGGCUAACUCUCGCGACGGUGAACGAUCGGCCGUUGCUCUGAACUUGUAUAAAUUCAACAUAUCCACUUAAAGAAUCCAACAUAUCGGAUACCUUGGUACGUCCGGAGCAUAAAAUCGUCUUUUUUUCUGCCAAGGUAUUAUCAUUAUUACGAUCAUUAUCUUUGUUAUUAUUAUUAUGAUUAUUAUUAUCGACUCUAUCACAAUCAUGAUCAUCAUUGCGAUUAUUAUAAAAAUGAUUAUAAUAAUUAUCAUGAUAUUUUCUUUUCUUUUGUUCAAUAUCUUUUGUAGAUUUAUUGAAAGGCUGCUGUUGUUGAUACAAAUAUAUUUACGUCGGAAAAUUCGAUCAGUUAGCUUAUCUCGAGAGACUCUAUUUCUCAGCCGAGUGAUUUGUUUUCCUGUUUAUUCAGGAAUAAUAUUAAAAUAAAAUCUUUGAUAAAUCGCGGACGAAUCUUUGAUGCUCUCAGCAUUUAAUAUAAGUUGAUAAAAAAACACUCUCUGACAAUGACUAGAAAAUAAUGCCUAUGUUAUACAAAUAUAUAUACAUAUUAUCCAUAAUGGAAUUAUAAUUAUUCGAGAUUUAGGAAAAUUAAUGUUGAAUAGUGUUGUACUUAAUUAACGAUAAUUUAUCAUAUUGAAUAUAUCUAUAUGUAUAUUUGUGUAUACAUAUAUAUCACACGUAUAUAUGUAUAUGUAAAUAUAUCUUCGCAAUAUAUAUGAAAGAUUGACUAAACAAAAAACGACAACUUUCAAAUUUAAGCGCUCACAUCAAGUUGUGAAUAAACAUAUCAUACCUAAUUAAUAUAUUGGAGGAGAAGAAAGGCAUAUUACACUUUAAUAUAAUAUUCAUAGGUGUAUAUAAUAACUCACAUAUAUAUGUAUACAUAUGGAUAUUUGGAGAUCUAUAUUUAUACGUAUGUAUAUAUAUAUAUAUAUAUAUAUAUAUUUAUGUGUGUACGCAUCCAGGAUGCCCAGGUCAAAUGGUUUGGAAUGUAAACUUGGAUUUUGGUUGAAAUUUCGAGUAGAAGCUGCAAUAAUUCUGGAGAUAACGACUUGGUUUUUCAAAUUUAAUUUCUUGAGAGACUUUCAGGGGUAAAUUAUUGGGAAUAGAAGUCGAGCUUUUUGUAGAAAAUUUUGUCAUCUUCAAUUUUGAGCCCAUGCAUUCAUGCUCUAUGUCCGGACGUUUUGAAAGUAUACGCAACUCUUGGAAGAGUUGCACAUGCACACGUGCACAUUGGUCCACUGUAAUCUAAUUAUGAAAUGGUUUAUUGGAGUCUUCAAAAUGAUAUUCUAAGUGGGUCAGAAAUUGCUACUGAAUAAUAUUCAGUAUCCUGGCUACUAGGACCGAGGUGAAUUUUCGAAUCGAAAUUUCGUCCAAAAUUCAAGGUUUUUCCAUUGACCUUUUAACUCGUUCCAUCCUUGAUACAGAUAAAUAUGUAUGACCAUUUACGAAAAAGUGAAAAAAAAAAAAAAAAAAUCCAUCACGUGCAAUAAAGUGCACGUGCAUCGAGGUUGGAUUCGUACUUUGCGGUAGCGUGAUCUUUCUGUGUGACCGCUCGAUAAAGUUUUCAAACUCGUAUAAAUGAAUGUGGAAAAUCGUAGCACGAAACACGUUUUUCCCCCAAGGUUUUUUGAGCUCACGUCAAAUGGAUUUUCCUCGGUUUUUAAACUCUGUCGACGUGAUUCGAUUUCUUACACCAAAUUAUCACUUCCACGUACUCCGGAUUCUUAUAAAAGUUUAAAAAUUUUUUAUCAACUUUGUCAACAAGCUUGAAUUCUAAUGAAUUUUUAUCAUUUACAAAAUACCAAAUUAUUUCAUUUUCAUAUAUACGAUGAUUGAAAAAUACCGUAAGAUUUGUAAGGACGGAUCUGAUGCAGCGUACGAUUAUAGAUAUUAGAGGUCAACGUCGUAAACGCACGGGUGACAAGUAAUUCAAAAUUUCUAGUCUUGAUAACCUUUUUUUGUUCUCCUUCUAUUAUUUUCUAUCUUAUUCUGUUCCGCCGAGCUAUUAGAAGUCAUGAUACGCAUAUUCGAGUAUGGUUAUUGAAGAAAAAUUUGUUAAAACGGCCAAAUACUUCAUUAGUAGUAGGAGUAAAAUUAACGACUCGUUGCGAAGGCUCCGAGAGAAGUGAAGAAAAGCUAAGUCUUACAAUCCUCUUCUUUACGUGUGUAGUAACGAUCGAGUCUAAAGAUCGAUCGACGACUUCGUCACUCGCUUCAUCAAUUUCCAACUACUCGUUUUUUUUCUCAUUUUAAGCCUCGAGCUUUCGGUCAUGGUGCUCUAUAACCAUAGUUCUCGAAAAUUAUUUCAUCAUUUACCAAUCCCCAUGCAUGUAUGGGAAUAUGUAUGUGUGAGAUGUGCCAGAACUCGUUGCCAAGAUAAACAGAGUUGAAGAGCGUGUCAUCUUGAAGAAAGUCUCUGGACGUGUUUCUCUAGGAUGCUCCAUUGGCCAGAUAUUCGGUGUUCAUCGAUAGCCAAUCGGAGGCGUUGUCGAGCGAAAGCAUUGAGCUGUUAAUCGUGGAGAAAAGCCUCCAAGGACUUUUCCCUUCGAAAUUGCAUUGUCUAACUGCUGCCUAAAGUUACAUUACGAUUUCCGGUAUAUCUUGUACAUAUAUAUAUAUAUGUAUAUAUGCACUCAACAUAUGAUAACUUCGAUAAAUGCUCUAAUAAUAUGUGCAUACACACACGAUUUACUCUGAACAUGCAACAAAACGCAAUGAAUAUAUUAUUAAUAAAAUGAAAUAAUUGACAAGAAAUAAUUGUAUAGAAAAUGGCCGACAGCCAAAAGAGGAGGGGAGAGAUGGUGAUUAAUUGUUUUUAACGAUUUAAACAAAAGGAAUAUAUAUAUGCAUAUUCUAUAAAUACAUAUAUCGACUAUGAUAUAUUAAAUAAAAAGAGGAAUAAAUAAAUGAAGAAAAAAGAAAAUACUACAAACGACUGCUCUAUACUGCUAAAGUACAAAUGUUUCGUUUAAUUAGUUUAUAAACGAACUGUUCGUUAGUGUAAUUAGAUUAUUAAACAUUUUUUCGUAUAUGAAUAUAUUUACAUUUAUAUUUAUUUGUGAUGUUAAUGGGUCCGUGCGAUAAAAAAGGGGAAAAACAAUGCGACGCACUUGACAUUUUGUUUGGAAUAAACCUAUUUUGAGCCACACACACACACACACACACACACACACACACACACACACACACACACACACACACACACACACACACACACACACACACACACACACACACACACACACACACACACACACACACACACACACACACACACACACACACACAGACACACAGGCACGUGCUGAAGAGCUUGUAUCGCACACAUCCGUUAAUUUUCAUAAAUUUUUGCAAAGAUUCGAAGAAACUAAAAGAUUUUUGUUUUCCUCUCGUAUUGUUUUCCUCCCGUGCUACAAUACUCUUGACUCUUCGGGUAUGCUUUUUCGUGUUAUUGUUCCGAGAUAAUAGUUGCUUUAUUGGAGGAAUGAAAUCAGAAGGUUGCAACGAAAAUGAAGAACCGGUCGAAUUUUUGUUCGUAAUUUUCUAAGUAAAUGCGAGAAAAAUGUAGGAAUAAAUGAAGAAAAAACAAACGAGAAGCUCGGAGCUGAUUAUGCGAUGUACUAAUGCGACAAUCAAUCGAACGAUGCUGUAAACGAAAGACGCGCUAAAAUUGUUUAUCGGUUGACUGUAUAUAUUUCAUAGACUUACUGAACGCUGAUGACGAAUUAUAUGUUAAAAGUACGAGUUGACGAGGAUAAAAAAAGAAAAGACGAACCUCAAGGGAAGGGAGAAAAUAAUCAUUCUGAUUGUGUGUUUUCUCAAACGGCGUUUCAAGUUCGAUUUAGAAAAUUCUCUAUUCUUGCAGUCGUAAAAUUCGCACUCUCAUCGUUUUUCGAGCAGAGUUUAAAGAAAAUAAUAAUGAAAUAAAAUCUUCUAGAUAAAAAGUUGGUCGAUUCUCAAAGCGUUCUUCUGCUAAAUUCGUAUACACAUCGUAUACACGUAUUGAAUAUUUAUAGGAGCAUAUGGUUAGGGAAGAAACAAAACAUAUCGAAUGAUCUUGUCAAAAUUGUAUCGUCUCUUGAUUCGUUUCACGAAUCGAUUCCUCUCACGAUCUCGAGUUCGGUAUAUUCUUCACUGAAGGACCGCGUUAUUAUUACGUUCAACGAUAUUAAAAGUGUCUGCGUACCUUCCAUGUUAACGGUUUGAGUGUGAAAAAAGGAUGCAAGAUUGAGGGAAUACGUAAAAAAAAAUUGAAAAAAAGUAUAAGUGAAAGCUCAUGAAAUGACAAUGUCUCGGUUUAUAAAAUUAGCCUUUUUCAACUACGAAUAUACGAGAUAAGAAAAUAAAAAACUGUGUUUGCACAAACUCGCGUUUCUGGGAUUAAGUAUUAGGACUGUGAACUUUAUCAUUUUCGCCAUCGUUAAUUUUUGUAUAAGUAUUUAGUGAGGGGAGGAAAGAAAAUGAGAAAAGAGUCGUUAUAAAAUGGAAUUUUGAGUGAUUCGUCGAUGAUUUAUCGCAGCUCACUUUCUUGCUCACGUAAACUUAUAAUGCAUGUUGAAAGAAAAAAAAAAGAAAAACAAAACGUGUACCGUAUUGCGCACACCACUUUCAUCGUGUCACAGUGAUCGUCAUUCUUUUAUUUUUCAUCGCAUUUUCAAAACAUUGCCAUUUGCCUCGUAGCAGAAAUCUUGAGUGUGUGAGACAAGAAGAGAAGGAAAUAAAGUGACACUAAAAUUGUGUGUAACGCGAGAGAGAGAGAGAGAGAGCGAUUAUGAAUUAUUGUAAAUCGAAAAUAUGUACUUGGUGCCAAUUAAAACUCUAAUGUUUAAACUAUGUAUUAGGAAAGAGAAGAAAGACCAUGAGGCAAUGUGAGGUAGCGAUCGUAAAAAGCCCACGAAAUUUAAAUCUAGGACAUGUAAAUUGUAAUUCGAGUGUGUUUGAUCCUACGGGAGAUCUAAAAAAUCCGAGACAUCAAUUGUACUUAGAAUAUCGUUGCCUCCGAGAGGAUUGUGUAGCACGGCAAUAAAAUUAAUAAAAAAAGGAACAUCCACUAAUGAAAUGAAACGACGAAAUAACGACGUUCUCGUAGUAAGCGAUCUCUUACACUUUUUAUCAGGCCUCUCCCAUGGUCCAUUUGCAGGAUGAAACGUAUAUAUAUACAUUAAUAUAUAAAUAUCAUUGUUUUCGUGAAAAAAAUUGGGGCGCGAGAGGUGUUUGAAUUGGCAUGAGACAUACAAUCACUCGCUGUAGAAUUGUAAAAAGUAUUCAUGAAAAUCGUUGCAUAUUUUUCUGCGCGGCUACGUUAUACUCAAAAGUCUUUAAUUUACUUACGAAUAUUAUACAACAUAGUUUGCUCAUAACGAUGUUAUAUCUGUUCGUCAUCGAUUUAUCGAGGCCGAUCUCGUCCAAUGAACGUUCCUCCUUGCUACUAGUAACCGAGGAAAUGGUUAUUGAAAGUUGAGCACCUUUGUCUCGAAAUUUCGAUUUUAAGGAUCAAGUACGAUGAUUUUCGAGUUUUUGUUUCGCCCCAAUGACGAAUCAACAACUCUGGACUAUAGAAAUAUCUCACUGGCUCUCCAUCCGGCCUCGAUAUUUUUUCGUACGUGCAAUAAACACACGCAGACGGAUAUAAAUCGCGAUUGCGAUUUCACGAGUUCAAUCAUUAGUUUUUAAUUCGCGAGAUCUUGCUGCGAUCUACGAUUUGUGAGAGAGCGAGAGAAAGCGUUGGAGAAAAAUAAAACUGUGUAUAAAUACAAACUUCAUUGUACACACGCGACACAACACACUGACUUUUUUUAUCAAUAUUAUAACGCGACGAAUAUAUUUUCAUUGUUAUAUUUGAGUUUACGAAACUAUAAGCGCUAUUACGAAUUCGUAUGUCUAUCUUAAGUUUAUUACAUUUAAAUAAUAUAUUGUACGCUCAUUCAUCUAUUUUCGAUUAAACCUAUUUACCUUCUCCUGCGAUCCGAACUCUUUCUUCACUCCUGUUUUCCCCCAUCCUCAAAGUGUAUCUCAUAUUUCCCUCUCGAGAAAUGGUGUUGUACUUUUUCAUAUAAAAGGCAUAGCCGAAAUAAAUAAUGGGGUUGGAAGACUUGAAGAAUUCAA